CCACUAAAUACUAAUACGCCAGUCGCGGGUCGCCAGUGUUAUCGGAAUAAGGUAUGAAAUGCACGUCUCAAACUUCUUAAUUUUAAAGUGAACGUAGUCCAUAAAAAUUUCGUAUACUUUCACUCCCAGUGUAUUUAAGAAGGCAAUAUUUCCAUGUAUACAUAAAUGUGACGAUUCACUUUUAAAAAUGGCUGCCUUCGACGUUGUACUUGGCUGUGUUAUGGCCCUUCUGAUCAUUUUGUUUUCCAUAAGUUCUACUGUUAGAUAUUAUGUUAAGUUUACAUUGUUUGUGGUGCUAUCUCUUAUAUUUGCGACUGCGCCUUUACCCCUGAUGUUGUUUAAACCUUUUGACCCCAAGAACGCGCUUAUACCAGCAGCUUUAUUACGGAUGACGGCUCGUAUGCUCGGCAUUCGUUGGACGGUUCGUGGAACUGAGAAUGUUGACGAUUCCAGAGGCGCUGUAGUCCUACUGAAUCAUCAAAGCAGCCUGGAUCUAUAUGUAUUGGCAGUGCUAUGGCCUUUAAUGGCGAGGUGCACGGUAGUGUCAAAGCGCUCACUACAAUUCCUGGUACCAUUUGGCACCGCUGCUUGGCUCUGGGGCACAGUGUUUAUUGACCGAGGGUCCGCCUCUUCAGCGCGUUCUGUGCUCAAUCAACAGACUAAAGUCGUUCAAGAGGAAAGGCGAAAGCUGUUGCUAUUCCCCGAAGGAACGAGGCAUUCUGGGGAUAAGCUUUUACCAUUUAGAAAAGGUGCUUUCCACGUAGCGAUGAAUGCAAGAGCUCCGAUUCAACCCGUGGUUGUAUCAAAAUACCACCACUUGGACUCGAAAAGGCCGUGGUUUGGAUCUGGGGAAAUAAUAAUAACAAUAUUGCCAUUAAUGGAGACUGAGGGUGUCAAAAAGGAGGAAAUCUCAACCCUGAUUGAUGUCGUACAAAAUAAAAUGCAGGACGAAUUUACAAGGACGUCGGCAGAGACCUAUGCGCAAAAAGGUUGAUUAAGGUUGUUAGACAACGUGAAACGGGGCUGUGAUAAUUCAAAUGUUCGUGGUGUUAUAGCUAUUUUUAUGUAUAUGAAUUUUAUACAAUAAAUUAUUUACUAAAA